UUAACACUAUAUCAAUAAUUUGAUUAUAGACUGAACAAAUCAAAUAUCAUCACCCACAUUAACUGCUUUUUUAUUGUCACUCUUACUUCACUUAAUUUGAUUAAAAUGUAUAUUAAGUAAGAACAUGUGCAUAUGUCUACUGCUUAAGCGCUAAGCAUAACUGUCCAUAGCAGGUUCUUAAGAGUUUUAAAUUUUUAUGGAAUUCAUGCAAUUGCCCACAGCAAUCACUAAAGUACAUACAUAUGAAUGUCUCUCUUUUUCUUCAUUGUCACUUUUCAGACAUCACAGACUCAGAUUUGAGUAUUCUGCUAACCUCACCAGAGGCUGCUUUGAGCAAAAAGUGGAAAAUGAUCUUAAAACAAUCAUUUAAGAACAGAAUUUGUGUUUUAGUUUUUGAUGAAGCACACUUUUCUGUAACAAACAAACCACAUGACAACAAGUCGUUCGCCAUACUUAUAGGCAAGAGAAGAGUAGAGAUGUUUCAUGCAAGCACCGAUAUGACGACCAAAACUCGAAUAAUGGACCAGUUCAAGAAACAUGAUGGAAGCAUUAAAGUCCUUAUUUCAACAGUGGUAUUUGGGAUGGGUGUUGAUAUCCGAAAUGUUGAUAUAGUGGUUCAUUGGGGGUUACCAUCAACCAGUUUAAACUACUGGCAAGAAAUUGGACGUUGUGCCAGAGAUGCAGUUUGCUAUGCCUUCAAGCGCAGCCAGUCAAGAUCACUGAGCUACGUUCCGCAGUAA